CCACCCAUUUCUCUUUUGGCACUCUCAAAGCAAUAUUUUUUCCAAUAGGAUCAGUUUUUUGCUGAUCUGGAUUAAUUUAGGUAUCUGGUAAAGUUUUGAGCUUUUCGGGGAUUGUUGAGAGUUGGGGUCAGUGAUUGAGUUUCUGGGUUGAAUGUAGUGUUUUUUUACAGAGGGCUUUGUGGUUGGAGAAGAUCCAAGCUGGCAUGAGGCGGAGGUGGAUUAUUUGUUGCAGUGGCUUUGGAUGAGAUAUUUUAUUAGUUUUCUUGGGAACUCUUUUGCAUUGGGUGGUUGGGUGUGUUGGUUUUCAUGCUAUUUUGCAGUUAUGGGUGUCGUUAAUUCAGUGUUUAAUGUGCUUGAGUAAGGAAGACGGUGGCAAUUGAAGGUAUUUGAUCGAUGGGGUUUUAAGGGCAGGGGUGGUGUGGUCUUAGCUUGUCAAAAGUGGUUUCUGAUUUAGAGAAUGAGACUUUCUUCAUCUGGGUUCAAUCAGCAAACUCAGGAAGAUUUUGUAGGGGAGAACAAAUGUUUGAAUUCAGAGCUAUGGCAUGCAUGUGCGGGUCCUCUCGUUUCACUACCUCCGUUUGGAAGCCGUGUUGUAUACUUUCCCCAAGGACACAGCGAACAGGUUGCUGCGUCAACCAACAAGGAAGUAGAUGCUCAUAUCCCCAAUUACCCUAGCUUACCUCCGCAACUGAUCUGUCUGCUUCACAAUGUGACUAUGCAUGCUGAUGUGGAGACAGAUGAAGUAUAUGCUCAAAUGACCUUGCAACCAUUGAGUCCGCAAGAGCAAAAAGAAGUGUACCUACUUCCUAAUGAACUGGGAACGCCUUGCAAACAGCCAACCAAUUAUUUCUGUAAAACAUUAACUGCUAGCGAUACCAGUACUCACGGAGGAUUCUCUGUUCCUCGCCGAGCAGCUGAGAAAGUCUUUCCUCCUCUUGAUGUUUCACAGCAACCUCCGUCUCAAGAACUUAUAGCAAGAGAUCUUCAUGAUCACGAAUGGAAAUUCAGACACAUAUUCCGAGGUCAGCCCAAGAGGCAUCUUCUUACAACAGGAUGGAGUGUGUUUGUUAGUGCAAAGCGUCUUGUUGCCGGAGAUUCUGUCCUUUUUAUCUGGAAUGGAAAGAAUCAAUUGCUUUUGGGCAUUCGGCAUGCGAAUCGUGCGCAAACAGUCAUGCCUUCAUCAGUUUUAUCGAGUGACAGCAUGCACAUUGGACUUCUUGCUGCGGCGGCUCAUGCAGCUGCCACAAAUAGCCGCUUUACGAUAUUUUAUAACCCAAGGGCAAGCCCUUCGGAGUUUAUCAUUCCCCUGGCAAAGUAUGUUAAAGCAGUAUAUCAUACUCGCGUUUCUGUGGGAAUACGAUUUAGGAUGCUUUUUGAGACAGAAGAGUCGAGUGUUCGUCGGUACAUGGGUACAAUAACAGGCAUUAGUGAUUUAGAUCCUGCUCGCUGGUUGAACUCACAUUGGCGGUCUGUUAAGGUUGGCUGGGAUGAAUCCACCGCAGGUGAGAGGCAGCCAAGAGUAUCCUUAUGGGAGAUUGAACCCUUAACAACCUUUCCUAUGUAUCCAUCCCCCUUUCCCCUGCGACUAAAGCGACCAUGGCCAUCUGGACUGCCCUCCUUCCACGGUUUCAAAGAUGGUGAUCUGAGCAUCAGUAGUCCGCUGAUGUGGCAUCAAGGAGGUGUUGCAGAUCAGGGAAUUCAUUCUUUGAACUUUCAAGGCUUUGGGGUUUCCCCUUGGAUGCAGCCCAGGUUUGAUGCUUCUAUGUCAGGACUUCAGCCUGAUGUAUACCAAGCCAUGGCAGCUGCUGCUCUUCAGGAAAUUCAGGCAGUUGAUCCUUCGAAAAUGACUCCACAAUCUCUUCUGCAGUUUCAACAAUCUCAAAGUGCAUCCAGUGGGUCUGAUGCUAUGAGUCAGAGGCAGAUGCUACAGCAGCAGUCCCAUUCUCAGAAUAACUUUCUUCAGAGUUUUCAAGAAAACCAGAUGGCUGCUCAGACUCAGGCUCAGCUUCUGCAACAGUUGCAGCAUCAGAACUCAUAUAAUGAUCAGUGGCAACAACAUCAUCCACAGCAGCAGCAGCAACAACAACAACAACUAUAUCAGUUAUCUGUGCAGCAGCAAAUCCCGACUUUCAUCUCAGGUCUACCACAUAUGACUUAUGCCACCCAGUCCCAGUCUGCAGCAUUGCAGGCCAUUCCUUCAAAGUGCCAACAACAUACUUUUGGUGAUUCUGUUGGGAACACUGUUGCCACAACGGAGGUGUCCUCCAUGCAUAGUAUUUUAGGUUCAUUAUCUCAGCAGGGAGCUUCCCAUCUACUUAACAGAUCGAAUCCUGUCAAUUCUUCUGGCUUGUUACCCAAGCAAGUUCCUAUUGAAUCUCAGCUUCUUUCUGGAGCUGCUAAUUGUGUCCUUCCCCAAGUGGAACAGUUGCGAACAUCUCAGUCAAAUUUGUCUGAACUCUCUAGUAUGUUGCCUCCAUUUCCAGGAAGGGAUUACUCUACUUACCAAGGUGCUGCUAAUCCACAAAACAAUCUUUUGUUUGGGGUUAGCAUUGAUUCCUCUUCCCUUAUGCUGCAGCAUGGGCUUUCAAACCUGAGAAACAUUGGCAGUGAAAACGAUUCAUUGUCUAUGCCUUUCACUGCUGCAAAUUUUUCGAAUGCUACAGUAAAUGAUUUUCCUCUUAAUUCAGACAUGACAACUUCAAGUUGUGUAGAUGAAUCGGGGUUUUUGCAGUUUUCUGAAAACGUGGACCAAGUAAACCCUUCAUCUGGAACCUUUGUCAAGGGCACAAUUACAUGGCCUCCCAAGUCAACGGCAAUAUUUUAUUUGCUGCAGGUCCACAAAGCUGGGUCCUUUGGGCGAUCACUGGAUAUAUCCAAGUUCAGCAGCUAUGAUGAGCUGCGCUGUGAACUCGCUCGCAUGUUUGUCCUUAAAGGCCAAUUGGAGGACCCUCAGAGAUCAGGCUGGCAGCUUGUAUUUGUUGACCAGGAGAAUGAUAUUCUUCUCCUUGGUGACGACCCUUGGCAGGAGUUUGUGAACAAUGUGUGGUAUAUCAAGAUACUAUCACCUUUGGAAGUGCAACAAAUGGGCAAAGAAGGCCUCAAUCCUGCAGCUUCUGCCUCAAACCAAAGACUCACCAACAGCGGCAACAACUGUGACGAUCACAUGAGUAGACGGGACUUGAGAAAUUCGAGCAACGGGAUUGCAUCCAUGGGGUCCAUCGACUACUGAGGAAGUGGAAAUGACAGUUGGCCGCUGAUGAAGUGUAUAAAUAUCAGUUAUGCAUGUUGGCAUUGUUUCUGAUGCUUUUGUUGGCACCCGAGUAAGCUUAUCUAGAGAACCUUGUGUUUCAUUUGUACUGCUGUAAAUUCUAGUAGGAGACUUUCCUUAACUGUCACUAUGGUAGUCGGAACAGAACAACAGGGAUCCACUAGGAGAGUGACAUCAUAAUAGUAGUCGUUUGCUUGCUAUCA